GUGACAUUGACAUUUGGAGAAAAAUAUUUGUUUUCCGUGAAAUUUGCAAGUAUUAAUUUUUGUGUGAUUUCACCCCCAUAAAACCCCCCAUCGUCAUGGUUUCAGCGGCAAUCCCGAGGGCGACAGUGGGCCAGCACUGUUGAUGGUGUUGCUGGUGGAAACAUCGCGGCCAAGUGGCGAGAAAGCGAGCAUCUUUGGCCAUCCCGAAAGAUCGGCAUCUGCCGCGGCGAGGGCGUUCCCGGUGGUGUAGCGAGUGACAGGCGUGCGAGAGAUGUCAGAGAUGGUGGCGUGCAACCUGCUUCCGGAGCUGUGGCAGCAGAUCCUGCAGCAGCACUGGACGUACCUGGAGACGGAGGAGAGCCUGCAGAAGAUCGAGGAGAGGCGCAAGCUGGAGGAGUGCCUCAAGGACUUCCUCUGCAUCGUGCCGCACUCCCGCAAGUUCCUGCUUCCCGUCACGGCGUACGUGCUGCAGAAGUCCAUCCUGCAGGCGGACGACUCCUCGGCCUACAAGGCCUCCAUCGGCUUCGAGUCCAUCAGCCAGUACGCCAACAAUCUGUUCACAAAACCCUGGCGAAAAGAGUACCGUGUCAUCAAGAUGUACUCGGGCUUCUACCACCACGAGAUCCAGUCGAAUCUCGUGGAGUCGGAGAAGAUCUUCGAGGCCAUGGGCUACAAGAUCCUGCCCAACGGCACACUCGUCCUGGACGGCCCCAUUUGUCCCGAUCAGGUCACGAAUGUGUCGCGCGACGCGCUCACGGCGUUCGUGGAGUGCCAGAUCCUGAAGCAGAUCUUCUCCGGACUCACGACCAUGCAGGUGUCCAGCAACUGGAUCGACAUCUACAACUUCCGGAGCAUGCACACCGGAACACCUGAACAGGUCAUCAAUUCGAUGGUCUAUUCGCUGCAGGAGAAGAGGACGCACCAGGAGAAGUCUGAGAACUACUACAAUGUUCCCGUGACGAACACUUGCAACUCGUGCAGCGGAGCGAGGCAGUAUCAGCUCGUGCCGCCGCCUGUGAGCAGUUACUGCGCGCCUCCGCCACCUCCGUGCUCCCUGCACCCGGUCCCAGUGCCCAACUACCCCUAUCCGACCGGUCAGGGCGUGUACAUGCCGCACUCCAAGUCGCUGGAUCAUCCUAGUGAGAAGAUGCGGCAGCACAGGCAUUUCUCACUGGACCAGCAAGCCUACGACUACGCCAGAUCGCCAGGGUAUUACGACGCGGUGGGCAAUUACGACUGCGUGGAUGGCUUCCCUCCGACCUGCGCCGCCUUCAGUGCGUACAACACGGCGGGCAAUCGGUAUCCGCUGCCCGGGGGAUUUCCCCUGGCCGGCCUGAGCCAGCCGUGCGACGGUGGCAUGAACGGAAUGGCGAUGAACGGCAGCGCGUACGGGCGAUGCUAUGGGCAGGAUCACAGAUGCUAUCAGGAGUAUCAGGGAUGCAAUUUCUGCGGGGAGAAGGCGCGCCCCAAGGGCUCAGGGCACAGGAGUGAGAAUUUAAUUGAUUUGGGCGACUACAGGGACUCUUAUCAGCAACAGCAGCAGCAGCAGCCUUUCGAUGCCACUAGCAUGUCGAACGGCGAGCUGUCUGACUACUAUCAGCGCGUCAAGGUGGCGCAGAAAGUGCGGCCACGGCCGUCUGAGGGUGAGUUGUAUGCCAGGAACAAUGUGCGGCCGGUGAGGCCGUCGCGGCACAAUGUGGAGCCCGAGGAGAUGAGCAGCAGCGAUCCGGAGAGGCACAAAAAUCACGACGGCGUGGGAUCGUUCGAGACGUGGGACUAUGUUUUCCAGAACCUGGAGAAGCAGGGCUACAGCAAGGAUCUGGGCGAGCGGGACUUGACGGUGCAGGGCCUGGACUUGGGCUCGCUCACGCUGCAGGAGGAGCGGCGGCAGGCCAGUGUGCCGGCCGUGGCGCAGAAGGUGAAGGUGACGAAGAUGGAGCCCGUGACGAAGGCCAUCCAGACGGAGAGCACGCAGAAGAGGGCGACCAACAAGGUGGUGAACAACAACAAUGUGGAGUCGCUGGAGAGGCGGAAGAUGCAGCAGGAGAACACGAAGAACCGACAGAUUCAGGAUCAGCAGCGGAAGACGGUGAGACAUGCGGAGGCGACACAGAGCGAGUGGAGCUGCCGGUUUUGUACUUACCUGAAUCCGGAGAGUCGCAAGAUUUGCGAGAUGUGCUCAAAGAGCAAAGACUUCAUCUUCAAUCUGGACAAGACGCCGACGUGCGUGUGAAAGAAGGCACAAUUGUUGUAAGUCAGUUCAAAUUGAGUUUUUUUUCUGUUCAUCUUAUUAUUUGUCUAAUUAUGUGCAUGUCUAAAUUCUUGGCGAUUAGAGAGAGACUGUGAAGAAAUUUGUGAGAUAGAAACUAUCGUAAAAAAAUGCUUUAGAGAUGCUCCAUCGAUGAUUCUUAGGUUCCAGAAGAGAUUUUUCUUAGCUAAUCCAUUUGUGGUGAACUUCCGCUGAGCGGAAGAUUCUGGCUAAUGCAAUGAAUUUUAAUUGUUGAAAUAUUAUUUUACUCUGACCUGUUGAAGGGAAUCUUUUUCACUCUUCUUUACUUUGCCAUAUAAAAAAAACUGCAGAUUUUUCACUUUAUAGAAUUGACAAGGAGAGAUUUUCACAAAUCUGUUAUGUGCUAACAUGAAAAUAUAUUAUCUAUGAUGAAAUUCUACGAGAGAAAAUCACACAAAAGGAAGAAAAACAUACACACAAAGGAAAACACACAGUAUUUACAAUCGUAUAAAAUGAAAAUGAGUUGCAAUUUGUGGUUAUAUUUUCCAGCUAAUCCACAAUAAGAAAGAAAGAAAAAAUCAAUCCAACCUCAAAGCUUGGAAAAGUGAUCAAAAAGUUUCAACUCGUUCUCAAUUGAUGAUCAUUCUAUAGUUAGAAAAGGAAACUUGUGACAAACAAAAACUAUACUAUCUUUGGCGUAAUACAAGA